AUCACUACUACACAGCUUAAUGGAGUUUAAAAAUCUGUCUGUUUUAGCUCUCUUUUUUUUGGCUUUUGUUGGAAUCAAUGGAUCUAAAUCAGGAGAAGAAUAUUGGAAAUCAGUUUGGCCAAACACUACUAUACCUAAGGCACUUUCAGAUAUGUUACAAUCCGAUAUAGAAACCAGUAUGCCUAUCAAAAGUCACGAAGAGAAUCAAUAUUGGACUAUCUUUUUUGAACAUGAUCUAUAUCCUGGAAAAACAAUGAACUUAGGUGUUCAAAAACAUUAUGAAUCUAGUGAGUAUGAUAAAAAAGAAACUAAAAAAGAAAAUCAACCAUUUGGAUUUUGGGCAUGGGCUAGAAAAGAAACAGAAAAAGAAAAUCAACCUUUUGGAUUUUGGGCAUGGUCUAAAAAAGAAACUAGAAAAGAAAUUCAACCUUUUGUAGCCCUCACAUCAGAUGAAAAUGAAGCUCACAUUCUUAACAACUAUUGUAGACUCCCAGCAGCAACAGGAGAAGACAAACAUUGUGCGUUAUCACUAGAAUCAAUGAUAGAUUUUGUCAUUUCAAAGCUUGGAAAGAAUAUCAAAGUGAUGUCAAGUUCCUUUGUUCAAAAUCAGGACAAAUAUGUAGUGGAGGAAGUAAAUAAAAUUGGAGACAAAGCAGUAAUGUGUCAUAGAUUGAAUUUAAAAAAAGUUGUACUUUAUUGUCACACAGUCAAUGCGACAACAACUUACAUAGUCCCAUUGGUGGCCUCUGAUGGAACUAAAUCAAAAGCUCUUACUAGUUGCCACCAUGACACUAGAGGUAUGGAUCCUAGCAUGUUGAAGGAAGUUCUCAAUGUUGAGCCAGGAACUGUCCCCGUUUGCCAUUUUAUCGACAAUAAGGCUAUUGCUUGGGUACCUGAUAUGAGUGAGUCUGGUGGCCAUUCUUGUGUCAUCUAAGCUGAUUUGCACCUUGAUUAGAAUCUCAUAUUUGGACCUCUUUCUAAAGUUUUAUCUGGGAAUAAAUAUGAUAUGAAAAUAUCAUGUUAUAUGUAUUUGCAGCACUAUUAUAUAUUCUAAAUAAAACCAACUCAAGUUUAGUUAAAACUAUGGUUGUGUCAAUCUAUGGCCAGUCUCUGGUGUACUUUAUGUAAAUUAUCAUCUUAUAUGAAUUUCAAAUUCCUUAUAGCAUAAUUAUAAAAAUCUCUC